GUAUUAGUGGUAGUGCCUCUUAUUACGAAUCGGCUAUCGCGCCAGAGGCAGGAUAUCAGGCCCGGCUUGUCCGGGCGGACUACAACAAUAUCAGGCAGCGCAGGAGGUGAGUCAGGCGUUGGUGGCGUCGCAGAGCGGCGAGGUCCGGGGACAGACAGCCGCGGACAGAUGUUUGUUCUUGGCCAUCUCCCUGGCGAGCUUGUCUCUUACAGUAGCGAGCCUAUUUUUCAAAGGUAUUAUAGUCAUCUCCUCAACAAACUUCUUGUCAGCCUCCUUCUUUUUGAUCUGUUCUUUGUACGCGGCGAUCUCGGCUCUGGCCGCCGCGAGCUCCUCGUCGCGCGCGGCGAGGUCGCGUCGCAGCACCUCGUUGGCCACCAUGAGAUUAAGUCUCGUCGGUGCUGCCUCGCCGACGGCCGUCUCGAUCUCGUCGUCGUCUUCAGCCUUCGCUUUCGGCGGCGGCGCGAAGUUGUCGUCGUCGUCGUCCUCGCGCCGCCGGCCUCGCCGCCGCGCCCGGCGGGCGGGGGCCUUGGCCUUGGGGGGCGUGGUCUCAGCUGCUUCCGUGGUCUCGGCCGGCGCCGGUGCGGCCUUCUUCGGGCGGCGGGUGGCGGCCUUGGCCUUGGGCACGUAGGGCGCCUUUCCAAUCGCCUCGUCGUAAAGUUUAUAAACGGCCUUGUUUUGGGCCUCGAGCUCCUUGAGGAACGCCGCCUCGAAGUCCGCGGAGAGCACGAACUCGAGCACGCGGCGCUCCGCGACGUGCGAAUUGCCCCGGAGUUUCGACCAGCAGUCUUUGACAAAAUCCUCGGGUUGGAAGCCCGCGCCAGCGUAUAUCUUCUGCCCGUGCUUCUCGAGCAGCUUCCAGAAGUACUUCACGUUGCGCUCGAACGUUGUCAAGACCCCGUUGUUUCCAUCGAGCGAGGUCUCGACGUGCGCGACAAAUUUUUUGAUGGACCCGUGCGUGACCCGGCGCUCGUCGGGCGCAGCCAGGAACGCCCACAUUCGCGCAACGUCGGUAAACCCGCAGGCGAUGAUGAGGUCGUACCCGGCGGCGUGCUGCGCCUUGCGAGCCUCGCUCAACUUUUUGCUGUACGUCUCCACAUCGCGCGCCGCGUCCUUGUCAUCCUGGAUCGCCUUGAGGGCGCGCUCGAUGUAGCGCGCGCUGGCCGGCCCGGGAUCGUCCAUCUCCGACCGCGGGGGCAGCUUCUUGGGCAGCAACGAGGA